AUGUUCGCCGCUUCGGGACGAGGGUCCAUUUCAUCCAUGGGUGACCGUAAGGACUCGGUAGCGUCUUGCGCACACAGCGCCAGCAUCACCGUGGCUGGGCAUGCCCAAGAACCGCGUAGUGUCGACGGAUCUGACGACGACAGCCAAGACGACGCUCACGCUGCUGGCAACUCUUUGGAGGACAACAUGGAAGACGAAUUCGGACUAUCGACGAAUGGCCCCAGCGAUGGAAUGGAUCUCGGGGGCAAAUUCAAGGAGAACAAGUCGGAUACGGCCCCCGCGUGGAGCGAACUCAAGACCAAGGCAGGGAAGGAACGAAAGCGACUGCCUCUGGCCUGCAUCGCCUGUCGGAGGAAGAAAAUUCGAUGCUCGGGGGAGAAACCAGCAUGCAAACACUGCCUGCGGUCACGUAUCCCUUGCGUGUACAAGGUUACGACACGGAAAGCGGCUCCACGGACAGAUUACAUGGCCAUGUUGGACAAACGACUGAAGCGGAUGGAGGACCGCAUUAUCAAAAUCGUGCCAAAGUCGGAGCGGGACGCAUCGGCAGCGCAUGUCAUACGAGCUGUGGUGAAGCCGGCGAUUCCAGGGUCGGCUCCUGCUGGCAAGCAAGCGGCGAAGAAACGCGCGGCCGAGGAAGCUUUCGGGGCCGACUUGGACAACUGGGCGAGGACAUCCUCGAGAACCAAAUUCGACGAUGCGAGUAAGCCAUCGACGCUGCAGGUCCAAGAGCGUGAGGAUGGCAAACUUCUCUCCGACGGCAGGGAGGCCAUGCCAUCUAUGGAGAUUCGUGAACACCUGGCCGAGGUUUUCUUCGAAAACAUUUACGGCCAAGCUUACCACUUACUUCACAAACCAAGCUACAUGAGGAAACUGAAAGCUGAUACGUUACCUCCUGUGCUGGUCCUGUCUGUCUGUGCUAUCUCCGCACGGUUUUCGACACACCCCAUGUUUCCGAAUAAUCCGAACUCCUUCUUGCGUGGAGAGGAGUGGGCCGUACAUGCCCGCGACAUCGUUAUGAGGCGAUACGAAUGGCCCAACAUAACGAUCCUGACAUGCUUUCUCCUUCUUGGACUGCAUGAAUUCGGGACUUGCCACGGAGGAAGAAGUUGGUCGCUGGGAGGUCAAGGUAUCAGAAUGGCGUUCGCCUUGCAGUUGCACAAAGAUCUAGAAUAUGACCCAAUGAGGCCCAAGUCAAGCGCACGACUAAGUUUCAUCGACCGGGAGAUUCGCCGGAGGACCAUGUGGGCCUGUUUCCUGAUGGACCGGUUCAACUCUUCGGGGGUCGACCGACCCAUGUUUAUAAAGGAGGACGCACUCAAGAUCCAACUACCGAUCAAGGAGAAGCUAUUCCAGCUCGACAUGCCCGGCCCAACCGAGGACCUCAACGGCGACGUACCUCACCCCGUACCCGACGACGAGGGCCAGCUGUCCAGUGCGAAGGAUAACAUGGGAGUUGCGGCUUACAUGAUCAAAGCGAUCGCAUUGUGGGGCAGGAUCAUCAGCUUCCUGAACCAGGGCGGGAAGGAAGAAGACUCGCACUCCAUGUGGCAACCCGAGUCACAGUACUAUAAACUACUCAAGCAAGCCGAGGACUUUGCCGAAGGACUUCCUGACGGGCUGAAGUACACAGCUGAGAACCUGCACCUGCACGACACGGAGGGGAUGGCGAACCAGUUCCUCUUCCUUCACAUAUCCGUUGAACAAAAUGUGCUGUUCAUGAACCGGUUUGCCGGCAUUUCCCCUCCUGCCGGUGUUACCUCAACUGAUGUCCCGAAAGCGUUCAUCACCGAAGCCGGGCAAAAGUCGUUCGACGCGGCCAACAGGAUAUCCCAGUUGCUCAAAGAUGCGGAAGCCCACUCCAUCGCCGCCCCGUUUGUCGGAUACUGCGCUUUUCUGUCGAGUACGGUGCACAUAUUCGGCAUUUUCUCGGGCAACGAACAAGUGCAGUCGACGUCGAAGAAGAACCUGGCGAUCAAUGUGAAGUUCCUAUCCAAGAUGAAGCGACACUGGGGCAUGUUUCACUUCAUGUCGGAAAAUUUGCGUGAGCAAUACCGGGCUUGCGCCGACGCAGCGAAACAAGGAACGCCGGCUAGCGAAAACACGACGGCCUCGCCGAUAUUUCAAUACGGAGACUGGUUCGAUCGAUAUCCCCACGGCGUCUCGCAAAACGACUUUUUGGACCCGGCGUCGUUCAAGAAAAAGGAAACGGGCGAUGAUGGCGUGCUCGAACAGAAGCCCGAGGCUUACACUGUGGAAGAAUUCUUCACACAGCUUUCGCCACCGCAGAGCGCAGAGGGACGCGAAUCGGGUCCGAACCGACCACCGAUGCCCAAACGCAAGUCUGUGGCGAGGAAGGGGGGGGGCAUGCCUGCGCGGGGCGACAGCCAGCACCUGGAGCCCCUGAUGACGGAUCUCAAUGCGAAUGCUCUCCCCGAGCACAUCCAACAGCGCCUCCAACAGCAGCGCAACUAUGCGUCCCGCCUAGGCGGCCAAACAAGUGGGCCGGCAUCCUUUCAACCCUCGUUGUCGCGAGUCCCCCACUCACAGAACACAGGAGCGGCCUCGAGCGCAUACCACACGCUUUCGCCCAUCAGCCCCGUGACCCACGGCGGCCAUGCUCAAUAUGCCGCACACCACGGCCAGCCGGCCUAUUACAAUCCCGACUUACUCUCCCUCGGCCUGCAGAACAAUGCGGCCGGCCUGUUGCCACAGCUCGAUCGUCAGCUCAUCUUUGGCGCAUACGGCGGCAUGGACCCGACCAGCAUCAGCGGUCCCGAGGCCAUCAUGGAUUGGGAUGCUCUGGCUGGGAACACGGCCGGCGGCGCGAAUUCAGGAGACGGUGGCCCUGGGCCCGAAAGCGUCCAUCAUGGUGGCUUCUCGGCGCAGCCCAGCUCCGCCUGGUUUUUACCUUUCAAUAUGGAACCGCCUGAGCUUGACCAUGAUGUCAGCGGUCUGGAUUUUGCCGGAGGCAUCUUCAGUCCCGGAGCUAUGGCGGCGCCGCGGCCGGGGAUGCUCAGGAGAGGGUCUCACAUGCAUAAUCGCUGA